UCGUGUAUAUUUGCAAAAUACUGCAGAAAUCUCUGCUAUAUAAGGCCAUGCACUUGUUAUAGCUUUAGUUAUUGCAUGAUGGCUAUAAACACUCAAAACUCGACUUUUCUCCCUCUACAAGAGAAAAUAGUCCAUAAGAACACAACAGCCCGAGUCAUAGAGUUCGUGAUUCUUUCCCUUCUUGUUUCCCUACUUAUUUAUCGAGUCGUUUACUUCAAGAAUCAAGGCCAUUACUUCCCAUGGGUUCUUGCGUUGCUGUGUGAGUCAAUGUUUACUUUCACUUGGAUUCUUGUUAUGUCUACUAAAUGGAAUCAAUGUUCAACCAAAACAUACCCUGAAAGACUCUUAAACAGUGUAAACGAAUCAGAGUUUCCAGCUGUGGAUGUCUUUGUAACCACUGCAGAUGCCAUCCUAGAACCAUCUAUCAUAACAAUGAACACAGUGUUAUCCUUGCUAGCAGUAGAUUUUCCAUCUAACAAGUUAGCUCUUUAUCUGUCCGACGAUGGCUGCUCACCUCUUACAUAUUAUUCACUUGUUGAAACGAUAAAGUUUGCAAAAGUUUGGGUCCCUUUCUGCAAAAAGUAUAACGUGCAAGUCAGAGCUCCGUUUCGAUACUUUACUCCCGAGUCGACACCAUUAAAAGACGAUUCAUUAGAAUUCCAACAAGAAUGGAAAAAGAUGAAGAACGAAUAUGGAGAUCUUUACAAGAAGAUUGAGUUCGCAUCUCAGAGGCCCAUCCCAUGUGAUCGUAAUUCGGAUUUUGCUGAUUUCUAUAAUGUUCACCGGUCGGACCACCCAACUAUCAUCAAGAUUAUAUCGGAAAAUAAAGAAGGUAGUCCAAAUGAAUUACCCCAUGUGAUAUACAUCUCGAGAGAAAAAAGCUCCAAGCAUCAACACCAUUACAAAGCUGGUGCCAUGAAUGUUUUGACAAGAGUCUCGGGAGUAAUGACAAAUUUCGCCUCUGAUGUUGAAUCUAGACUGUGACAUGUACGCAAACAAUCCACAAGUUUUCAUUCAUGCAAUGUGUAUGCUGUUUAGUUUCAAGAAUGAAGAAGAUGCCGGUUUUAUCCAAUUUCCUCAAGCUUUCUAUAAUGGGUUGAAGGAUGACCCUUUUGGGAAUCAACUUGCUAACUUUUAUUAUCUUGCAAAUGGAAUUUCGGGAAUUCAAGGGACUUUUUACGCAGGAUCGAAUUGUUUUCACAGACGAAAGGUUAUUUAUGGUUCAUAUCCAAAUGAUAAAAUAAAAACCGAUAACAAAGAUCUACAUAAAAUCUUCGGAAAAUCAAUUGAAUUACAAGAAUCAGCCGCUGAGAUAUUAUCAAGCUCAAAUUCAAAGAUAGAAAGUCAAAGGAGACCCUCGAGUUUCAUUGAAGCGGCAAUUCACGUUGCGGGUUGUAGCUAUGAGUACGGUACCAUGUGGGGCACACAGGUUGGAUGGAUGUACGGAUCGACAACCGAAGAUGUUCUCACGGGACUGACGAUCCAUGGAAAAGGGUAUAGAUCCGUCAUUUGCACACCCGACCCGCCCGCAUUUCUCGGGUGUGCCCCUACAACGUAUCCAUCCGCCAACACCCAACAAAAAAGAUGGGCCAUGGGGCUUCUUGAAAUCUUAUUCACCGAUAAAAGCCCAAUACUUCUUACUAUAAAAGGAAACCUUUGGUUUCGACAAGCCCUCGCUUACCUAUGGCUUAGUUCAUGGGCAAUUCGGUCAUUUUUCGAGCUAAUUUACGCGGCCCUUCUGUCGUAUUGCAUCAUCACCGGUUCCCAUUUCUUGCCGAAGGUGAACGAGCCGGCUUUUCUCAUCCCCGGGGGUAUUUUUGUCAUUUACAAUCUUUACGUGUUGUGGGAAUUCCGAAGGAUAAAUUUGUCAUUUCGUAUGUGGUGGAACCUCCAAAGAAUGGGGAGAGUAAACGCCAUGACCGCGUAUACGUUCGCGUUUGUAACUGUCGUCUUGAAGCUCUUUGGAUUAUCGAAUAUAGUUUUUGAAGUAACACAAAAGGAAGAAAGUAAUGAUGAUGAAGAUACUUCCGGAAGGUUUGUUUACGACACGUCACCGAUGAUCGUGCCAGGUGUCGCGAUUCUGUUGGUCAGUCUCACUGCAUUGGUUAGUGGGAUGUCAAGAUUAGGGGAGGUUGGAUUUGGGGAGAUGGUUUGUAAUGUUUGGAUGAUACUAUGCUUUUGGGAAUACUUUAAAGGGAUUUUUGGGAAUGGGAAAUAUAGGAUUCCUACAUCCACAAUUUGGAAGGCUGGAGCUUUGGCUUUACUUUUUGUGCAAUUAUGUAGAAGAUCAUCUUAAUUGUUAUAGAUGAUUUUAUAUAGAUUUAUGUUUGUAUGAUUUGAAUAGAAGAUGUUGGUUAAGAAUCAUGUUAGGAUUAAAUUGGAACAUUGUUAAAGCUUUAUGUUCCUAUGUAACAAAUUGUUGCAUUCAUUUGU